AAGGUUGAAUUAAAUACACAACAGUAGUAAGAUGGGUAGAGAGUGUACCGUAAUUAAAGUAAAGUGAAAUAAGUUUACAAUUAAAGGUAAAUGAAGAUUAAUCAACUAAAAAAUGUUAGUGCGCCGAUCAAAAAGAGUUAGGUAAGGUUCACCUACCGCCACCAACACAUUCUUGAAGAGGAUUACACAACACAAAUACAAAAAUACUCCUACCAUAGUUGAAUUUUUUUAGUGAAACACAAAAAUGGGAGAUAUUCAUAUUCCUCGAGUGAAGCUUGGAAACCAAGGCUUGGAAGUUUCAAAGCUAGGAUAUGGAUGCAUGGGUCUCACUGGAGUCUACAACGCUGCUGUUUCCGAAGAUGUUGCUACAUCUUUGGUCAAUCAUGCUUUCACCAAAGGUAUCACUUUCUUUGACACUUCAGAUGUUUAUGGACCACAUCUCAAUGAAAUUUUGCUCGGAAAGGCACUGAAAGACUUACCUAGAGAUCAAAUUCAGAUUGCAACAAAGUUUGGGAUUGUGAAAAUUGAAUCUAAUAAUGUUGUAGUAAACGGUAGUCCUGAAUAUGUUCGAUCUUGUAUUGAGAGUAGUCUUCAACGUCUUGGUGUCGAAUACAUUGAUCUCUAUUAUCAGCACCGUGUUGACACAUCGGUACCUAUUGAGGACACUAUGGGAGAGCUUAAAAAGUUGGUUGAAGAGGGAAAGAUUAAGUACAUAGGAUUAUCUGAGGCUAGUGUUGAUACAAUUAGAAGGGCACAUGCUGUUCAUCCCAUUACUGCUGUUCAAAUGGAAUGGUCGCUUUGGACUCGUGAAAUCGAGCCUGAUAUUGUUCCCCUUUGCAGGGAACUUGGCAUUGGAAUAGUACCAUACAGUCCUCUUGGACGUGGAUUUUUCGGAGGCAAGGCCAUCACAGAAAGUAUACCUGCAAACAGUUUUCUGGCAAUCCAACCAAGGUUACAGGGGGAGAACUUCGACAAGAACAAGAUAUUUUAUUCUCGAAUGGAAAAGUUGGCAGAGAAGUAUGAAUGUACAUCUUCACAACUGGCUCUUGCAUGGAUUCUUCAUCAAGGAGACGAUGUAGUGCCCAUCCCUGGAACUACAAAGAUAAAAAAUCUUGAAAGUAAUAUUGGUUCAUUUAAAGUGAAGCUCAACAAAGACGAUUUGAAGGAGAUUGAAGAGGCUGUGCCAAUAUCUGAGGUGGCAGGGAGUCGGACAACCGAUGCUUUUGUUCAAUGCUCAUGGAAGUUUGCUAAUACUCCACCAAAAGCAUAGCUUGAUGCCAGUUUUGCACCUCAGUAUUUGAGAUCAUAGUUUCUGGUCUAAUUCCCAUGACUCCCAAAUUCAGUCCUGUCUGAAUAAAACCAAUCGGUAUUGGUUGAAUAAUGAAUCUGGAUAACUCAGCAAAAUUUGUGUUUCAUGCUUAAUUAUGUAAAUGUUAUGUGAUUAAACAAAGAGACAGAUGAAGUAUGAUAUUAAAUCAAGGUUUCCAUGUCAUGGUUACCAACCAGUUUGCUUAACAAUGGUUCAAUUAAUGUACCACUAAUAUUUUCCUGGUCUGGAUUACAGAUGUGAAAUGGUAAGAUGUGAUAUUUUUU